AUUCACACUUUCUUUCAACUUUCUCUACAAGCAAUUAUUUUCUUCACCUUAUAACAACACAUUCAAAUUUCUUUGAACAAUUUCAAAAUCUUCAUAGCUAGAAACAAACAAUGUUUUACUCACAUCAGCUUCUUGCUAGAAAAGCACCUCUCGGUCAAAUUUGGAUGGCGGCAACGAUGCACGCCAAGAUCAACAGGAAGAAGUUGAAUAAGCUCAAUAUCAUCAAAAUCUGUGAAGAGAUUCUGAAUCCAGCGAUUCCCAUGGCUCUGAGACUUUCUGGAAUACUCAUGGGAGGUGUUGUGAUUGUGUAUGAACGAAAAGUGAAGCUACUCUAUGAUGAUGUUUCACGGCUUCUGGUUGAGAUUAACGAAGCAUGGAAGGUUAAGAGUGCCCCAGAUCCUACAGUGCUUCCUAAAGGAAAAUCUCAAGCUAAGAGAAACGAAAUAACUAUACCAAAUAAAGAACGAGGUUCCAUCGAGGAAGACAUUGGAAAUUCAUAUCAGUCCACUGCAACCACUGCAACGAGGUUCCAUCGUAGUGCUUAUUUUUCCAUGCGACUUGAUACUUUGGAUCUUGGUAAUGAACGAAUUGAGGAGGAAGAUCCAUCGGUGCAUCACCAUCAAGCUGAUCCGGACAAUAUUACCUUACCUGAACGUUUCCAAGCUGAUGCAGUUCCACACAAUCAAUAUGAGAGGUUUGAAGGAGAUGAAGAAACACAAGUGAAUGGAACUUCAGGGGACUGUGCUCAAUUUGGAAAACCAUCCCCACCUCCACCAAAUGAAACAACGAUAGAUGAUAUAAUUGAAGACCAACAUCCUGAGCACCCGGUCAUUCAGCAAUCUAAUGACAACAUGAAUGCUAGAGAGGAACCUCAAAGGCGAAGGCCAGCUAAAAGGAAAAGAGGAAAACCAAUACAAAUGGACUUCGAGCAAACCAUGAUCCCUAGUCUGAAUUACCAAAAUUGGCUUCAAGACCCUUCUGAUUUAGUCUCAAGAAGAGGAGGAAUACAAAAGGUGCAGAAGCGACAUGAUAUCAUGUCUUCAUUUAAGAUAGUUAACCUCAUGGAGGUGCCACCUGUUGCGCUAUAUGGUGGCUUAUUGUCAACUGUAAACAAAGAUAUAUAUUAUCCAUCAUCUCUUCUUGACUUAUGGAUUAAGAGCACUCAACCACCACAUGAUUCACCUUCAGUUAGGAUUUCAGCAGACCAUCCUCCAGAACCAUCAUCUACAUCACCUCCAGGAGUACAAAAUAAUGAGUUCACAGGACAUGGUUCUGAAGAAUUUGGCGAUGGUAGGCUAGACAACAUACUUUAUGAUUCGCAAGGGAAGUUGCUGCCGGUAGGGGAAGAGCUUCCAGAGAACAUUCCAGGCUAUAAUGGUACUCCCCAAAUUCAUGUCGUCCAGCCAGAAAUAUUUCCAGGAGGAGGGGACAAUUCAUAUUCCGUGAGGACAGCAUCUGAACAUGGCCAUUCCUCACAUUCAGACUUGGAAGGAGGAAGAGACACAAAGAGAAAGCGUUCAUCAUCCAGAAAGAGUGGUGGAGGGCUUCAUGGCUUACCUGAGAAUGAAAAGUUCAAUAGGUUGUCUGACUUUGCUCCAACACCUGAUCAAGAACUUCUUGUGGAGACAGGUCCCACUCCAACACAAGGAAACCCCAAUCAUUCUAGUGACAAGAUAACCAAAUCAAUCCAAGCUCAGAUGAAAGCACAUUUUGACACUCAUAAAUCAGCAAGUGGAGCUCCUCAAUUUGUGUCCCUGGAUAUCCUAGCUGCUGGAAUGACCAAAAAAUCAGCAGCUAUACUUUUCUAUCAAACCUGUGUUCUUGCUACCCGCGAUGUCCUUAGAGUUGAGCAAAAGGAGCCUUAUGGGGAGAUUCUUAUCUUCAGAGGACCAGAGAUGUGAUUAAUUAAGGUAGAUGUUGAUGUUUAAUUUAGGAAGCAGACAGUGAUUCCUCCAUGCAUAUGCAGUCAUUCAUUAGUUACUACCCAUACUCCUUCAAAAUAUAUACACAACACAACCAACAGCUGCUAGGAUUUUGAUUCAAAAAAACUGCUAGGAUUUAAAAUUUUAAAAUAUUUAUUACUAUUAUUAUUACUAGUCAUUUUAGAAUAUUGUUAUGCCUGCCUAAUGAAGUUUCUGUAAGUAUUAUGUGCAUGAUUGGAUUCAAUUUUGAGAGA